AUGCCCUCGGCGGCGCCCUACCAGUAUGCACAAAUUCCCCAAUUUAAUUAUGCCGCGCCACGAUUGAGCUACCAAACAUUUGAUUAUGGCAACGCUCAAUUGACAAACUAUUCAAUUACUGGUUCGACCGAAGAUCUGACGGGGGGCAAUGAUCAGGACAACAAAGACUCCAACGCUGAACAGAAGGAAGAACCACCUGCUGCCGAAGCCGAAGCCGAAGCCGAAGCAGCUGUAGAAGAACCUAGCCCACCGGCAACAGAAGGCUCAGACAAUCCAGAAGAAUCAACUGAAUCAACAGAGGCAUCAACUCCGGCUGAGCCAACCGACGCCCAAGAUGCACCUGACGCCACAGCCGACGGCAAAGAAGAAGGCGCAGAUGCGCCUCCUGCAGAUGAGCCUGCGCCGGACGCAGAAGGCGAAGCUACGCCAGAUGAAGCCGCUGAAGAGCCAUCUCCGGAGGCUGCAGAGCCCGCACAAGAAGAUGAAGGCGCUGAGCCACCAGCAGAUGACAGUGGUUCAAAGAACAAUGACGGUGGAAACAAUGGUAAUAGAUGCCCCUGUCGCAUACCUCACCACUUACUAAUAUUCGGACUAGACGAAGAUUUUCCAGACUGUGACCCUGAAGACGGAGCAGACAAGGUAGAGGCUGAGAAAGAAGAGGCUGCGAAGCAAGCAGCUGAAGACGCCGAAGCCGAUGCUGCGAAUCCGGAGGAUGCACCAGCAGAUGCGGAUGGGGCCAAUGAGGCUGCAGGUGAAGAAGCUCCAUCUAAGGAAGCCCCGCCACCUGCCGAAGAGGAACCUGCUGCUGAAGGAGAGCCUGCUGCCGAGGAGGAACCUGCCGCUGUUAAGCCUGACGAAGCUGCCCAACCGGAUGAAACGCCAGCAGUCGAGGCAGCCGAGGAUUCCAAACCCGAAGAUGAAGCCCCUGCCGAAACAGACGAACCAGCACCAGCAGCCGAACCCGAACCGCCUGUGGAGUUUAAGCCGACGUCCAAGGUUGCAAAAAAGAAUGCCAAAAAGAAGAAGAAGAAGGGUAAGGGUAAGAGUGAUCCCGAGCCCGAACCCGAAAUGGCACCCCCUGCAGAUCCGGAGCCUGAGGUCGAGAGCCCUCCACCUGUAGAGGAAGCACCAGUCACAGAAGAAACACCUGCGGCGGAGGAAGCACCGGCACCAGAGGAAGCUCCUGAAUCAUCACCUGAAGAGCCUGCCGAACCUACGACAGAAGAUGCUGGAGAUGCUCAACCACCAGCUGGAACAGACGAAUCUCCAGCAGAAGAGGCCAAGGAACCAGAGGCUGCGGCGACUGAGGAAUCUGAAGCCGCACCUGCUGAAGAGCCACCCGCCGAAGAACCACCUGCCGAAGAAUCACAUGUCGAAGAAUCACCUGCCGAAGAAUCACCUGCCGCUGAGGCUGCACCAGAGGAGACAUCAGAGCCUGCAGAAACCGAAGCUCCUGUCGAAGCUUCCGAAGACGCUGCUCCCGCAAAACCAGCAGCAGAACUUGAAUCUCAAACCGAGGGUGAUGCCAGCCCUGAGGCGGAGGCGGAGGCGGCUGCAGAGGAAGAAACUAAAGACGAACCUCCCGCAGAGUCUGCUCCAGAAGAGUCACCUGCCGCUGAACCAUCUGAAGAAGCGCCAGCAGAGGAGACACAGGAGGAGGAAGAAACCAUCGUCGAAGAGUCUGCUAAGGAAGAAGCUGUUGAGGAACCUCAGGCAGAAACAUCAGCACCUGAAGAACCAGCAGCACCAGAAGAACCCGCUGCAGAUCCCGAGCCUGCUCCUGAGCCUGAGCCCGCCGCUGAACCUGCUUCAGAGGCAGCCUCCGAGGAACCUGCGCCUGAGGCUGCGAACGCUGAAGAUCCUGCUCCUUCGGAUGAACCUUCUGGCGAUGCUUCUACAGAGAAACCAGCAGAGGCACCUGCCGAGACUCUUGCCGAAGAACCUCAAGUAGAGCCUGUCGCUGAGCCUACACCGGAAGAGGCUGUGGCGGCGGACCCUGUUGAGGAACCUCCUGUUACUGAAGAUGCUACCCCUGCAGCCGAGGAGCCCGCACCAGCAGAAGAAGCUCCAGCAACCCCUGAGGAGCCAACUGAAGAACCUGCUCCGGAACCUGCUGCGGAAGAACCCAUUGCCGAGGAAGCGCCAGCUGAAGCAGUGGUAGAAGAGCCCACACCUGAAGAAGCUCCUCCUGUCGAAGAGCCAGCGGCCGAGCCAGCUCCAGCUGAGGAAUCACCCGCGGAGCCUGCCCCAGAGGAACCUGUUGUAACUGAGGAAGAAGCACCCGCCGAGGAGCCAGCGCCAGUUGAAGAACCAGCUCCGGCGGAGGAACCAGCACCCGUCGAAGAGCCCGCGCCAGUUGAAGAGCCUGCACCGGUUGAAGAGCCUGCAACGGUUGAAGAGCCUGCAACGGUUGAAGGGCCUGCAACGGUUGAAGAGCCUGUACCGGUUGAAGAGCCUGCGACGGUUGAAGAGCCUGCACCGGUUGAAGAGCCUGCACCGGUUGAAGAGCCUGCACCGGUUGAAGAGCCAGCGCCAGCUGAAGAACCAGCACCUGAGGAGCCUCCUGCCGCUGAAGAGCCUCCCGCUGUCGAAGAAACUCAUGCUGUUGAAGAGACUCCCGUCGUCGAAGAAGCCCCUCCCGAGGAUCCUCCAGCCGCGCCAGAAGCCGAGACUGCUGAAGCUCCCGCAGAAACACCUCAGGAUGAACCCGCUGCUGAGGCGGAAGAAGCCAAGGAGAUUCCGGCAGAAGAACCACCAGUCGAGGCUGCACCACCAGCUGAAGAAGCUCCUCCUGCCCCUGAGCCUGAACCUGCUGAAGAAGUUCCUGCAGAAACUGCGCCAGAAGAACCUGCUCCUCCACCUGAAGAGCCCCCAGCUUCAGCCGAGGAACCUACACCGGCUGAAGAACCAGCACCAGUGGAGGAGCCGGCACCCGUCGUCGAAGAGCCUGCACCGGUUGAAGAACCAGCGCCAGUUGAAGAAACAGUUCCGGUUGAAGAGCCUGUACCGGUUGAUGAACCGGCACCAGUCGAAGAACCAGCACCAGUUGAGCCAGUCGCUGAAGAUAUUCCUGCCGCCGAGGAGCCCCCAGCUCCUGAAGAGCCAGCUUUGCCAGAGGAGGCACCUCCAGCAGAGGCCGCAGCAGAAGAACCAGAAGAAGAGCCAGCAGAGGCAACCCGCGAUCUGGGAGAGACUGUCGAGGCAUCAGGAAGCAAAGACUCCGGGCGUCGCCGAAAGAAGCGUUCGCCAGGCGACUCCGAGCGACGACGACGAAUCUCUUUAGAUGGACAAAAGGGCCAACUUUCGAGACAGAAGAGCGAGCGUGGUGUUUUCACUAACCGGUGGGCCAAGGCCCUGGAAGAGGCCAAAAGACAGUAUGAGGAGAAGAAGCGUGACAAUUCACGAGCUGAACGAAACAAGGCAGCUGUCGAAGCAGACAAGCUACACAGCGGUGUCUCAUCCACCUCUGAUAAGGGCAAACGCUCUGAACGCUCUUCUUCAAAAGAAAAAGACCUGCCUCCCCUCGACGCCAGACCAAAGCGUACCUCAUCCUCCAAAGAACCCGAUGCCUCUCUACCUAAGCGUCACUUCCUCAAAUACAUGAACAAUCAAGCUGGUUCUGAUCCAGUCAAGCCCCUUGUGCGAGUUAACACGUCAAAAUCCUCGAUGCCAAGCUCUGACCGACCCCGUCGGUCUUCCACGGCUCAGAGUCAUGGAAGUCAUGGAAGUCAUGGCAGUCAUGAGAGGUCAUCUGAGGAGAAGAAGUCGAUUAGCCGUUUCAAUGACUCUCGGUCUCAGCGUGAGGAAGACGCCCUUCGUGCGCAGAGAAGGGAGGAGAGAAGACAGAGAGAAAGGGCAAAGGAGAGAGAGCGGGCGAAAGAGAAAGAAAGAGAGGAGAGAGAGAUAUCAAAACAGAAGGAGAGGGAGAGGGAGAGAGAAAUUGAAAGGGAGCGAGAGAUGGAACGAGAGAAGGAGAAGGAGAGGCAGAGAGAGAAGGAGAAGGAACGAGAGAGACGGCAUCGCAGACGACGCGAAGAACCUGAAGCGAGUAGCAGCAAGCCUCGCGACAGAGAACGAGAAAGAGAACGAGAGAGGACUUCCGAGAAAGAGAGGCCCGACAGAGAACGUCGCCAUCGUCGCAAACGUGAGCCCUCGCCCGUGAAAGAGUCCAAGGUGAAGGGAUUUUUCCGAUCCAUUGCUGCCCACUGA